UUAGUAUGAAUUCAACUGAGGAUGAUUAUGAAAUUAGAAGGACAAUUUGGGAAAGCAGAAUCCCUGUAGAAUUUAAUUUGGACUCAUCACAACCUAUUUUACGAGCUCAACAAUCAACUUUUAUAAUGCUGCCACGUAUAAGCUAUUUUCCAUUUUAUUUGGAAGAAAUUCUUCAUACUCUGACAGGAAAUGCGUUGACAGAAAUUGAUCUUUCCAAUGUUUGGUUACUUAAUAAUGGUGAAGAAAUGAUUAGAUGGCAUUAUCCUAUUGGAGUACUUUAUGAUAUGUAUAGAGGAAACGACCAAAAUCUUCCGUGGGUUGUUACUGUUCGAUUAAAGGAUUUUCCAGACGAACUUGUUCGAUGUUUAUCUAAAGAUUCUCUAAAAUUUAUGUUUAUACAAUCUCUUAAAGAGGCCAGUCAAAUUAAACACAAACGAAAUAUCGUGUCUACAAUGACAAAAGAAGAACACGUCCGUCUUUUUGACAGCAUUAAAAAUGAUAAAUUUGAUGAAUUUUGGUCAAUAAAUAAAAAAUUAAUGGGAAGUAAAUCGGAUCCUGUAGAUGUUCAAAUGGCUAAUGUUCCUUUCAGAUUUUAUUUUGUAAGCUUUUUAAGUAUUAUUCAGUGUCCGAAAAAAUAUUUUUUCGGAUCCAGAAAUUGGAUUUUGUAAUCAUUUCGAAACGGAUCCUGACGGAUUUUUCUGGAUAGUUCGAUCCGGAAAUACAGCCGGAUCUGAUAAUUUUUCUGUUUAUGCCUGAAAGAGGCCAGUAUGGAUUAAUCUGGAUUAAUCCGGUCUGUGAUCCUGUCUCGAAAAAAUCAGGCUGGAUCAGGCACACAAUACCGAUUGUGUACCAGAAAAUUAUUUUGCAGGGCACUGAUAUUAAUAAAAAAAUUUUACCUUUCUUUUUAAGCCUUCAUUUCCUUUUCGCCAAACUUGUUUUCCUCUAAUUAAAAAAGAUGAUUCGACAAACAACUCUUCGUCUAGUACAUUAAUUGAGGUUCUAGAAAAAGCCUUUCCAGAGCAUUGUCCAUUUGUUGAUCAAAAAUUUGAAGUUAUUUCGCAUGGAAUUGACCUUCCGCUUGACUCUUCAGU